UGUUGGACUGUUUUUAAAUUCAGGAAUAUAAAUGUUCCAUAAACGUUCAGUUUUUUCGUUCAGGAAUAUAAAUGUUCCAUAAACGUUCUGUUUUUUCAUUCAGGAAUAUAAAUGUUCCUGUUUUUUAGUUCAGGAAUAUAAACGUUCAGUUUUUUCAUUCAGGAAUAUAAACGUUCUGUUUUGUCAUUCAGGAAUAUAAACAUUCUGUUUUGUCAUUCAGGAAUAUAAACGUUCCUUUGUGGAGCUUUUUGCCGUCUAGUGGCUGCAGGAAGGUUUCCGUGUGUUUGAGUCUCAUGACGUCUGUAAAAGUCGUUCAGGCAGAAUUCUGCUGUAAUUAGUGGAAACAGAAACACAUUGUGAGCGUUGGAGAACGUCUGUGUUCAUGUGACGAUCUGCAGCAUUAAGAACCAACAGAACACUGAGGUUCUAACGCAGGGAAGCAGCACAACUUCUUCUGCAGAUUUAAGGGGGAAUCUGCAGUAAACUACAGCAGGGUUUCUGUCUGAUGGUUAUGUGUCACUGGUAGGUAGUGAUGAGCUGAAUUUCCCAUCAUGCCUCUGGUGUCAUUCGGCCCUCCCCCUCUGUGCCUCUCCGUCCUCCCCUGGCUGUCCCGCCUCCUGCCGUCCCUCCCGCCGCCGGUCCGAGACGUGGACCUCCCCCCUCUGUUCCGGCAGCGCUUCGUCCUGUCGGGUUACCGUCCUCCAGGUCUGCCGCUGCGCUGCUACGUCCUCAGCCUCCUACAGAUCCACAACCAGACGCUGAACGUCUGGAGCCAUCUGCUGGCCGCCGUCUGCGUGGCGCUGAGGUUCAUCGUGUUCGCCGUCCUGAGGGGAGGGGGAAUUCUGGGCUUUCGGCUGCAGGGUCCUGAAGGUCAGGGCUUCUCCCUGGACGCCGCCUCACUGCCGCUGGUCCUCUACGUGUUCUCUGCUGUCAUGUACCUGAGCUGCAGCGCUGCAGCUCACCUGUUCCAGUCCCACUCAGAGCAGCUUCAUGAUUGGUUCUUCUUCCUGGACAGCGUUGCCGUCGGCGUCUUCCAACACGGCUCUGCUUUGGCUCUGAGCGUCUACAGCGCUGAUGCUGCUUGGACGCAAAGCAUGCUGGGAAAGGUGUUCCUGCCAGGCUCCGCCCUCCUGGCCUGGUCCUGCUGCUCCGCCUGUUGCUACGCUAAGCUACAUUUCCACCGGUUGAACCCUCUGAACAGGAAGUUCCUCCUCCAGCUGGUUCCGACCGGAACCGGCUUCCUGCUGGUCAUCGGUCCGUUGGUCCAACGCCUCACCGCCCAGAGCUGGAGCCCUGCAGGGACCAUGCACCUCCUGCAGGUGGCGCUGUUCCUGCUGUCCUUCUUCUUCUUCUCUUGUCCCGUACCGGAGCGCUUCGCCCCGGGUCGCUAUGACAUAAUUGGCCACGCCCACCAGCUGUCCCACAUCCUAUCAGCGCUGGGCACGCUGAUCCAGCAGGAGGCGCUGUUCCAUGACUUCCUGUGGCGACGGCCGGCGCUGAUUAGACGCUUCAGGGAACAGCGCCUCCUGGUGGCCUCCUGCUGCUUCUGCUGCCUGGUGGUCUGCUGCUGUAUGACGGUGGUGAGAGUCAGGAGGAGAGGAGAGGAGGAGCAGAGAUAGGAGAGAGAGAGGAGGAGGAGGACAGAGAGGAGGAGCAGAGAUAGGAGAGAGAGAGGAGAGAGAGAGAGGAGAGAGAGGAGGAGAGAGGAGGAGCAGAGAGAGGAAGAGGAGAGAGAGAGGAGGAGGAGGAGGAGAGAGGAGAAGGAGAGAGAGGAAGAGGAGAGAGAGAGGAGGAGAGAGGAGAGAGAGAGAGAGAGAGGAGGAGGAGGAGGUUCAGAGACCUUGAACAGACCACUGUGAGUUUGGUUUGUUUCUCCUCCUUGAAGCAGCAGGUUUUCAUUAUGAUUCUGCUUCAGUGAACUUCAACAGUUUCUGGUUUCCAUUUUUUUCCCCUGUAAAAAUCUGAUAUUUAGUCAAAUCAACUUCAACACAGAAACAUGAACCUUUUAAAUUUAGUUUCACCAGAAACUGUAAGAGCUGGUAGUAGUUAGCUUAUUUUUUCAUUAUCCAAAAGAGAAUAAAACCGUUUUAGCCCGACUUCCAGACGCAUCAUCAGACUGAACACGUUCCAAAAAGAUUAUUGACAGCCUGUUAUUAGCUGGAAUAUCAGAAAUAAUGUCUGAACCAAACAACGAAUUAGAAAUGCAGCCGUUUGCAUCAACGUUUAUAACUUUAAAUAACUUCUAAUAAAAUUAUGUUCAGGAAAUCAGUUUUUAUUACUGUAUAAUGUCAGAUAUUAGGUAUGAGUUUUAACCAACAGGAAUGUUUACAUAAAGGAGGAGAGUUUAAAUCUGGAGUUCAAAGUUAUCAAGAUAAAUUCAUCAAUUUACCUUUUUUUCAAUCAAACAUUAAGAGUUUCAUUUACACACAGUAUCAAUUGUUUUGUCAACCAUCAGAAUAAUAUUCACAGCUUCAUAAAAUGAUAAUUUUCACUAAAUUGGAAUUGAUAUCUUCCAGCUGUGCAUUAAAUAACUCCUGGUGCUUUAAAUAAGCAGCUUCCUCAUUUGAGAACUGUUUGUUUUCCUGACAGCAGAAUCAGCCCAGUUCCUGUUCUUCUGACCAGUAGCAGCUGUAGUGGUUGUAGUAUCUGUAGUAUUUGUGGUAUUGGUAGGAGUUGUAGUAUUUGUGGUGUUUGUUAUCUCUCUCUGGCAGCUGUGCGUCAAGUCACUCAGCCGUUCAGUUUCAGUUACUGUGUUCGGGUGGAGCCGCUGAUAAAGUUCAGUUUGAUUUGGAAUUAAUGAGAUUAUCAGCAAGACAGAAACACGAGGAUGGAAACAUGAAGACGGAAACAUGGAAAUAGAAACAUGAAGACGAAAAACCAAAAUACGGGAACAUGAAGACGGAAACAUGAAGACGGAAACAUGGAAAUAGAAACAUGAAGACGAAAAACCAAAAUACUGGAACAUGAAGACGGAAACGUAAGGAUGGAAACAUGAAGACGGAAACAUGGAAAUAGAAACACGAAGACGAAAAACCAAAAUACGGGAACAUGAAGACAGAAACACGAGGAUGGAAACAUGAAGACGGAAACAUGGAAAUAGAAACACGAAGACGAAAAACCAAAAUACGGGAACAUGAAGACAGAAACACGAGGAUGGAAACAUGAAGAUGGAAACAUGGAAAUAGAAACAUGAAGACGAAAAACCAAAAUACGGGAACAUGAAGACGGAAACACGAGGAUGGAAACAUGAAGACGGAAACAUGGAAAUAGAAACAUGAAGACAAAAAACCAAAAUACGGGAACAUGAAGACGGAAACAUAAGGAUGGAAACAUGAAGACGGAAACAUGGAAAUAGAAACAUGAAGACAAAAAACUAAAAUACGGGAACACGAAGACGGAAACCCGAAGACGGAAACGCGAAGACGGAAACAUGGAAACUGAAACAAAAAGAUGGAAACGCAGAGACAAAAAACAGGAAGUUGGAAACAAGAAGACAAAAACAUGAAGACGGAAACAUGUGGACUGUUCCGUCUUUGUGUUUCCAUCUCCAAGUUUCCAUCUCCAAGUUUCCGUCUUCUUGUUUCCGUUUCCAUGUUUCCAACUUCCUGUUUCACUCAGUUUGUUCUCACACAGUUUGGUCUCAUCGAGUUCACCUGAGAGAUUCUGCAGCAGAAUAAAGUGAAACACCUGAAGGUGGCGCUACAGGCAGCAGCUUUUAUUCUGAAGGUGUUUUAAUGACAUCGUAUAAAAUCACUUAUAAAAGUUCUUAACCGAUGACUCAGUAAAUGUUUUCUCCACGACAUGUAAAUAUACAUAAAUCUGGCUGUAAUUAGCUCCGCCCCCAAAACCUCCAACACCAAUCAGAACAAACCAGAGCACAGGAAGGUAUUAAAUGUGGAGGUUCCUCA